AUGACAUGUAAUUCAUCCCACCUCACCAACUGUCAGAUCAUCUGCUGUGACACUGAAAAAGUUUCAUGCGCCUCCCUCCUGGUGGUCAAUGUAGUUAUCUUCCUGCUGGGGGUUUGUGGGAAUGGGGUGGUCAUCUGGAUCGCUGGUCUCAAGAUGAAGAAGACAGUCAACACCACCUGGUACCUCGGCCUGGCCGUCUCCGACUUCAUAUUCUGUGUCUGUCUCCCCUUCAACAUCAUCUACAUGGUAACAAUGGACUGGAUCUUUGUGCUGUUCAUGUGCAUGUUUACCUCUUUCACAAUGUUCCUUAACAUGUUCAGCAGCAUCUUCCUCCUGGUCAUCAUGAGUGUUGACCGUUAUGUAAUGGUCGUAUAUCCAGUUUGGGCCCAAAACCAGUGUACCGUGAGGAUGGCCUCUGCAGUUUUGGUCCUUGCCUGGGUCAUCUCUGUUGCACUCAGCAUGGCCUCCAUAAUGUUUUGUCGUGUCACCACAGACUACACAACAACAUGCUUUAACAACUUCCCAUCCCAAAAUAUCCAUCUAACUGUAGUUGUGAGUCGAUUUGUCAGCGACAUUGUGCUCCCGCUCCUCCUAAUCAUCUUCUGCUACUCUGUCAUCACCCUGCAACUGAGGACCAACAGGAUGACCAGGUCCUCCAAGUCCUUCAGAGUCAUGACUGCCCUGAUAUCCAUGUUCCUCAUCGGCUGGCUGCCCUGCCAUGUCUUCAUUAUACUGCAAUCCGGAGCCAGGGAUAAAGCUUAUCUAACUGUUAUUCCUGAAGGUCUGAAGAUAUGAUGGACUAAAUACAUACUAACC